AUGGACGCUGGGCUCCUGAAGGUGCAUCGCUGCGAUGGCCCGACGCAUUGGCAUGCAUCCAUCGCGAAGAACACGGUGCACCUCCGGGCCACCGAGGACAUAGUGGUGAACCUUGAUGCGGACAACAUCGCCGGUCCCGGCUUUGUGCUGGAUGUUCUGCAGCGCUUUGGGAGGGCUCGCCUGGCAGCGUGUCACUACCGCGUGGAAGGCGUUGCGGGGACCGUGGGGAGAAUCGCCUGCCGGCGACGCGACUUCCUGUAUCUCCAAGGCUACGAUGAGGAGGACGUGCACCCGGCAGGGGCGCAGGACAUCGAUCUCUGGCUGCGCUUGUCGAUGCUGGCGAAGUCGCAAGAGCAGAUCGUCGAGAAAGUCAACGAUGGGACAAAGGCGAUGGCAAUCCGCAACUCCCUAGAAGAGAAGACCCAGUUCACCAACUCGCAUUUGAGCUGGAAGCAGAUGAAUCAAGAAAACUGGGAUCUCUUCGAAGCGCGGCGGGCGACUUCAACCACCCUACGCCGGAACACCAAGACCAGGCAGCUCGGCCUUCGGAGCAGGGAGCUGCGCUUCGUGCAACGGACGUGGCUGGGACGAGGACGCAGCUGCCGCUGCGCUGUCCUCCUCGCCUGCUGCAGCAUCUCCAAGGGAGGACACCACCGCCAAGAACCGCCACGGCUGAGAAUCCCCGCAGAUGGGAGGCCCAAGCUCAGAGCGAAGCUGCUAAGGUGGCCUACGGACCUGGUGGUGUCAAGGGCUGAGACGAUAGAGAUCCUCCUGGCUUCCUAUGGGAAGCGACGAAGGUGUAACUUGGUUGUGACACCGGCAGCUUCAAUGGAUUCCCGUCGUGUCGCACGGCGGAAGCAAUCCACGCCUGGGAAGAGCAUGGUUGGUGCAGUUCCACCUCCUCGAGAUGGUGCGGCUAGAAACGGCCCAGUGAGCCGCGAGAAAAAGUGCCGGGAGGGGAAGAAGGAUCAAGUGGACGUGUAUCGCUUCACAGGACAACUAAUCCCACGGCGCGACCGCGAGCGGAAAGGUCUGCAGGCCUCUUUGCUCUCCUGGGAGGAGUGGCCAGCAAAGGAGGAGCUGUUGGCAUCCUUGGAUUUACAACUGCAGAAUCGAGGCGGCUUGGUGCUGGUCCAUGGUGGCCCCGGCAGUGGCAAGACGGAGCUGGCCGCGCACGUCCGCGCCUGGGCCAUGGAGCACGACUUGACGGUGCUCUCAGGACAGAAUCAAAGUCCCACGGGCACGAUCACCGUUCCCCGACUAUGUUGGCAAGAGGUCUUCAGCGCUCUGCUGAAGGAAGCACGGAGCGAUCCGUUCUGGAAUCCACGAGAGGGAGCCAACGACCGUGAAAUCCUGCGACGGCUGCUGAGCUCGGCGGGUGCCACGCGUGAGGUGAUGGCUUGGUUGCCAGUGCUGCGGCUCAUCAUUCCGGGCCUCUACUUCGGACCUAACGUGGCCAACUCGAUGGUGGAACGGGACGUUCUCCAUGCAUUGACGCGACCCUCCAGGGUGGUUACGCUGUGCAAGAUGCUCAUCGAUGCCUUCUCGAGAUACUCCACAAAGAGUGAGGGCACGGUGAUCUUGCUCCUCGCUGUUGGGGUUAUGGUUCUCACUGGACUGGUACUUCUUUGGUCCAAUGGUGCAUAG